AGAUGUCGGCGUAAUUGCCAAAGAAAAAACAAUGGAGUGACAGAACCCGUAAAAUCAGCUGUAUCAAAAUGAUUUAGUUUGGAAAUUGAAUAUAUUUUUAAUAAUGACAAUCGUAAAAGGACAAAAGCAUCGUACAAUUCUACUCUGUAUUCGAUAAUUAUGCCAAAGAAGGAACUAAGUGGCAAAAGCCGCGUAUGGGAGCGAGACCGACGAGAGAGACUCAAACUUUCCUUCAACAAUCUGAGCAGUCUGCUGCCUAAAUAUGACCCUGCUUCAACACUCAGCAAAGCUGAAAUCCUGCAGAAAGCAACUAAUUAUAUCCGUGAGUUGCAGCAAGAAAACGAUAACUUGCUGCAUGGCAGCUUGGAUGAGUUUGCUUCAAAAGAAGUACAACAACUGAAGCAACAAAUAGAAGAGUUGGUGAAACGAGUACAGCAGUUGGUAAAACUUCUGCAGGAUGCUGGAAUCUCCAUUCCACCUUAUUUGGCAGUAGAUUCAUCUCGUCCCCUGAGAUGGUCCAACAAGUUCAACCAGGAGGAUGGCCCUAUACUAUUGGAGAAGGCAAAGAGGAAAAAAGCAGAACAGAAAAAUGCUAAAAUGGAGAUAAAGAAAAAGAAGAAAUUGAGUAGAGUACUGAUGAUAAAAAAAAGUGCAGCAGGACCUCUGAAAACAGUAAUUAACAGUUCCCCAAAGGUGAUUCCAAUGAAGCAGACUCUAAAUACCUCAAAUAUCCCGUCCAGUCCCACAAAGAAAUCUACAGUAUGUAAAAAAUCCAAAGACAAAAUAAAACCAGGAAAACCAGAAACAAAAUUAUUUGGUGACAAAUUACCAACAGUGGCACAACUAUUGGGGUUGACAAUGAAUGAUAUUGAUACAACCCCAGCAGGCCAUGUUGAUUCAGCAACAAUAUCAGUACAUGAAACAUCUUCUGUUGCAAGUUCUACAUUAAUCAACACAAGUGCUCCACUUCCACCUGGCUUUAUUGUCAUUCAGGGCAGCAAUGGAGCUCAACAAACGUCCUUAAGUUCUACCUCUGUGGUGAACCAUCACCAAACACAACCAUGCGUUGUGAUGCCUACCAGCUCUCAGGCGAUGACAGCAAAGAAAAUAAAAAGAACAUCAAUGGUAUCACAGCCAAUGUCUUUGGUACUCUCAAAUUCUACCUCUAGUAAUGUUGGAGUGAACAAAAGGAAGCAAAAUAGUGUUGUUGCAGUAACCAAGUCCCAUCUAUUAACUGCACCAGUAAUAGCAUCUGGUAUUCAAACUUGCCCUCCCCCUGCUGUUAUAACUAAUCACAACACAGGACUUGCUGGUUUUGGACCUGGUACACUGAUAUUAGCAAAUGGAAACAUUGUUCCUGUUCUUCCUCCACCUCAGACUCUACUUACAGCAACACCAACACGGUUCAUUGUCAAUUCAAAUCAUUUGCCACCUCCUGCAAAUCCUACUCCAGUGAUAAUGAUGCAGCAGCAGAAGAAUGCAGUCACAGUAACUACCUCAUCAAAUGGUGCUGCUUUGAUUGCGACAUCGUGUUCCAAACCUCAGCAACGUUUGUUUCCAGUGUUGGUCCCAAAGGUUUCAAAGAAACCUGGGACUUCAGAUACUACUGUAACUACAUUUGCUAAUAAAGUUCCCAUCCCAGCAUUAACAUCACGGCAUCAGCCUGUCAAGCGUCAACAGAUUCAGGCUCCAGUAGCUAACAUUAUGACAAAAUCUCCAGGCAAAUAUAAAAAUAAAAAUGAUAAUGAAAAUAUUAAACCAGCUAAUGCUGGUCUGCUGGUAUGUGCAAGUGACAAAGUUAUAAAUUCUGGAACCAAGAAGACUGCUUUAUGUAAGGUGAAAGAGAGACUGACAAAAAUUGUAAGUGCAAAUGAGAACAGUAGACAGAGGUCACUUGACGGUAGCAAUGACAAAGCCAUUGUUACAGAUAUGAAUGUGAACAGUUCAAGAAUGAAAAAAGGGAAUGGCUUACAGAAAAGAACAGAGACAGCUGAAGAAUUUUCUGAGAAAGUCAAAGAUAAAGAUAAGAAUGAUGAGACAAAGAGAGUGCUCAUAUCUGAUGCUGCCACAAGAAAUGAUAAAUCAAACUGUAAACAGGAUGGAUACUGCACUUCUGGUAAUGUGGAAAAACAGAUAGAAGGCAGUUUAGAGAAAGAAACAAGACUCCUGGAUAUAAAUGAAAACCUUGCAGCUGCAAAGAGAAAGCAAGAAUGUGAAGAGGAAGCUAAUGAAGAGAUUCAUAAUAAGAAAAAACGAGUGACAUAUGAUAUGAAAAGUAAUGAUUCAAACAAUGCUGACAUGGAAACUAAUAAUGCAGCCACUGUGUUAUGCCCUGCAUUAUUGGACAGCACAUCACCAUCAGCUCUGACAACCCAUAAAUCUUGUAAAUCUGGCACAUACACAAUUGAUGUUCUCUGCAUGACAAAACCAAUUAAAUGUCCCAAUAUUACAAAGAUUUCAGAAGAAUCAAAAUGUUUGGAGAAGAGUGUAGUUUUGACAGAUACUGUGUGUUCUGAAGAUACAAUUAUUGCAUCAGAAGGAAAUGUAAAAGAUUCUAGCCUGCAAGAACAAGAUACUGUACAAUUAACAGGAAAGGGUAAUAGUGAAAUAUCAGAAGCCUUUAGAGAACAAGUUGCUUCAGAGGAUAAUCCUAGGCCUUUUGUAAGGUCUGAAUCACAAUUGACUGUAAAGAAUCCACUAUUAAUUAGUACUUCCACUGUAUCAGAUAUUUGUCAGCAUGAAGAAGUAAGCAAUGAAACAGAUAAAUGCAACAGUUUAACUAAUUCAGAUUUGUCAGUGUCCCAGCAAGUUUAUGAUACACAUAGCUCUGUUGAUACAUCACAACUUUUACAAGUAAUGGAAAUUAAUAAACUCCCACAGUCACCCCAAUCACUAAACACUGUUGAGGUCACAAAUUCAGAAGACAAUUGCCAUCUUACAAUAAAAAAGCAGCAGAACUGUUUGAUAAAAUGUAAUUAUUCAGUUUCCUUACAAAAUAAUGAAAACGUUGAAAAUGAAGGCAGUAAAUCAUUACUACAGAAAUCCAUUGAACUACCAAGUUCCUCAUCCUGGCAAGAAGGUAAAGGAGAUGUAGAGAAGAGUAAGAACAGUUCAAAAUAUUCUUCAUUACGAGUUGAUCAUGCUUCCCACGCAGAGAGAGAGCUUUCAUCUUCAAUAUUGCCUCAGCACCAUCAUGAGAUAGAUAUAAGAAAUACAAAGGCACAUGACACAUGUAAUGGAAAUUCAGUUGAAACAUGUCCUUCAGUAGUAGAUCAGGAGAAGAAGUCAGUGAUGGACCAAACAGAACCUAAUGAGAUAUAUUUAGAUAAAUCACUGACACUGUUACAGUCUAACAGUUUGUAUCCUACAUUUACUACCACAGGAUUGACAAGUCAUUGUAAUGAAAACACAUUUAUUCCCAUCACCAGCACUUCAACAGAUGUAGACAAUGGUCCAAAAACUACAGAUAAUGCCUCAUUAAACAUAUCUCUCCAAAAUUCUGAGUUUUCAAGUGAUCUUUUUGCUUCCUUGCAAGUGCCAUCAAGUGGACAGCACCCAGAAUCUAUUUCCCCAACUGCAGCAUUUCUUCUUGCAUUCCCUCUAGUAUCAUCAUCCAAAGUGGCAGAAAUGAUAGUAGACUCACAGGAAGAGGUUGGUAGUGACAGCAUGCAAGGGGGAUCCACUCUCCUGCAAAUUGGGAACAUUGAACAUGAUCCUUCACAGCACAUAUCUAAACCUCAUCGCUUAGAUGACAUAAAUGAGAUAGCAGGGACAAGCGAGGCAGCUGCAACCAGAAUACAACAAAAAAUAACAACAGUGUCGUCCCCAGGUACUAUUUCAGAUAGGGAUAAUGGGAGAGCGAUAUCUGCUGGGUGCAAUGUGCAUGAUCAGCAACAAACAGUUGUGUGCAGAAACCAUGAAAGAAAAACUGAAGAGUCAAAUCAGGAGAGCCAAAAUUCAGGAAAGUGUUCUUCCAGCAUAACAUUGCAUUUACAAAAUUUCUCCAAGAGCAGUGGUAAACAAUGGUCAAAUGUUAGUGAAGGUAAUGUUUUAGAAUCUGGAGACAAACUUCAUUCCAGAAGCAGAAGCAUUGGUACACAAUCGAAAGCCUUUAGCAAUCUUGAACGGAAAAUAUCAGAGGCAAAUUGCAGUCAGAAUUCUUUGCCAUCAACUAUAAAAACUUGUUCAUCCAUAGAUGCUGGUGUGUAUAAUAUUCAACUGGAUGAAGAGAAAGGGAGUACACAUACAACUUGCUUUCAGCAGCAAAUGGAGACUGGAAAUUUGGCAGUAUCUACAAAUAACAUUCCCCAGCAUCCUAUCUUGAGCUCACAUUCACAUAUCACAAUAUUCAAAUCAGGUCAGCAGCAUCAGGAGUGUCACCCUUCAUCAGAUUUAUUCCAACCAUCACUCUCAACGUUUGAACCUGUAACUCAAAAGAAUGCAUCAAAUGGAGACAAUACUAAGAGAUUAACUGUUAGCACCAACACAUUUUCUUCUUCUGUUAGCCAGCAUAUUGAAGAAUUAUGCAUGAAACCACAGACAUCUUUUACUUCACAACACAAUGGAACUUGUGCAAAUAUGAAUCUCAAACAGACAUUCCUUACAAACAAAGAGACUAAUCAUACAUGUGAAAAUCUCUUAUCACAUGCUCAGCCUUCAGGGAGUACAGUUACAAAUCACAUUGAAAAUCAAAACUCUUUUCAUAAGAUGCAUCCUUCCCAAAUGAUAAGUGAACAAGGUACAAUGACAGAAGGAUUAAGAGACAAUGAUGGUUCUGUCAGCUACAAGCCACUUACAUCUUCUACUUCAGUAGCUUCAUCUGCAGAAGUCAUUAAACAUAAUUUAUCCAGCCAUACAGCAAAAAAUUCUGCUCCAACUUCUUCACAUGUAGAUAAAUGUGUUUCAUAUAACAACAUACAAAGUUCAGUGCCUGCACAACCCUGUUCAUAUAAUCUGUUCAACAAUGAUUAUUCUGCAGUGCCUUCACAAGUAACUUGCACAGCAGUAUUUACCCAAGCUUCCAAUAGUAGUGAUCAGAAUAAGAUGACAGGUGCUGCAUCAUUUUCUGUUGCUCAUAAUUCAUCUAAUUUCAGUAUUUUGUCGUGGACUACUCUGUCACCAAUGACUGCACCAAGUAACAUUAAUCAGCAUGAAAACUUUAAUGUCCCACCUCAGGGUACAUCUACAAACAUACCUCUGCAUACUCCUACAGCAGCCACUUCACUACAAAAGGUAAUAUCUCAGAAUACUUCCAGUAAUAAUGGUAUAACAAUGCCCAUUCCAACAGUCAGUGAAAUGCAGGGAUUAGUCCACAAUAAUAACUGCCAGAAACAGUGUAAAAAUGAUAUGGAUGUUAGAAAAUCUAUGAAUGAUGAAAUGCACAAAUUGACAGAGUCAUUUCCAAACUUAUACAAUAAUGAAGAACAGCAAUCACUAGGAAUGCCACACCGAGACACAGCUACUUCUCACAUACAGUUUCAUCGUGAAAAUAAUGAGAAUCAGAUUCUAGGUCGACAGGAAGAAGAUGCAAAUAAUGAAAAUUUUAAGUUUCCAGGGCCUUCUGCUGCUGAUAUAAAAAAUCACCAACCAACAAGAACUAAUCACUCAACUGAGAGAAUGAAAGUGUCACAACAACAUCGACCUCCAGUGAACUGGAUGACUACACCAGAUAUUCGUACAAGCAGCCAUGCAAUGACUUCAGCAUCCUCCUCUGCUACUAUUAUUGGUCACCCCACUAUAAGCAAUGCAUCUAAUACAUCAACAUCUGUUAUGAAUUCUGAAACCAGUUCUGCUCAAAUUAAUAAGGAAUUUGAAUUCUGUAGUACUACAUCAAAUCACAAUUUAUUCAUUGGUAAUUCCAAUGCCACUGCUCCCACAUUUGAUGGCAGAAGCUUUGUCGGAAAUGCAGCAUUAUAUGGGAACCAUGUUCUUUCUUCAAAUAGAAAUUUGUAUACAAAUAAUAGACAGUCAUCCCAUUUGUCUUGCCAUAAGGAAGAAACCAGAAAUGUGCAUCAUAACCCUACCCAUCAACGGCUUAUGGAUUUACCUGUUCCUGGAGAAAAUUAUCGUAAUGAGGCAUAUUCAUUGUCAUGGACACCAAGGAAAGUUCCUUUCACAUCAGCAUCAAUGAUACCACCUGACAUGAGUGGCAACAACUUUGUUCCUUCUACAUUGCCAACCUUAGUUGGAGAUUUAGCUUUGGGUACUAAUUACCCAAUGUCUGGAAAUGAUGAUAGUAGCCAUAACAAAGCAUACAUACAUUCAAACUUUGGUGAUGAAGAAAUUAAUAAAAAGAAUGUGGUGGUUGGCACAUUGGAAGACCGGAGACAAGAAAUGUCAGUAAGACACAUUCCGAGUAGGCAUACAGAGAAAGAAUCAGGAAUAAGCACUGGAAAUGUUAGUAAUAAGACAAGGAAUAGCAACCAGAUAUGCACUGAAGAUUACCUUGGUACUGCUCAUUCUGAAGGUGUGUCAUCUGAAGGAACUGCAGUAGUGUCAGGAAACUUUCUUUCUGUUAGUCAGUUGGUUGAUCCAGUGAAAUCAGGUGCUGGAUCAUCCAGAACACAAGUAAAUGCCACAGCGAGGAGAAGCAGUAAUAGCAGGCACGUUGGUGGUGGUAACAAGCAUAAUACACCCCAGACGAGACAGCAUGCUGCAUCAUCAUCAUCCAACAAAAGGAACAGUACUACACAUAAUAGCAUUGAAAGGGAUAGCAACAAGAAACAACAGUUGACAAACAUGAGUUUUUCAGCUGCAGAAGGUACCAAUGUUAUGCCAAUAUCAGAAGACAGCAGUGGGAAAGCAAAUGAUGGAAACAGACCUAGUCAUUACUCAACAGAAAAUGCCACAACUCAUAUGCCACCCAUUUCCCAAGGCAGUACAGGAUUUUCUAUACCUGUACAUGAUAUGGGGAACCAGCGUCCUUCAUCCAUUGCUAAUGCUCAUCACCAUUGGUCACCAAAUAGAGGGAAACCAGGCAGAACAGGUACAGCAUCUUAUAAAGCACCUGUAAGCAGUUAUUCUGCUGAGGCUCUCAUUGGAUUGAGCAGUAGCACACUGAAUAAUGAAGACACAGCUCACCUGUCACAAGAAUCAGCCAACAAUAAAAUUAUAACCCUUCCACCUCCAUUGGUUUCUGAAAGAUUCUGCCAUAAUCAGAACUAUCAUCAUCAUCAUCAUCAAGCUGCACGAUCCCUGCAGAUGUCAACAUCAUUUAGUAAUGAAGCUAUCGUAGCAGGAAAUUACUUUCCACCUGUUGAAUUACCGCCAUCACAUCAACAGGAUGGCAGUGGAUCAAGCAUUCAAACAAGUAGUCACCAUGACAAUUUUACCCAAACUCAUCAAAAUCAACAGCCUUACAGCAACACUUCUUUCAGUUAUCCAGCAGCUACUGCAAAUAUGAGUGGACAGGGACCAGCCAGCUUGUACCCUCCAGCAAACUUUGUAUCAAAUUCAAAUGGCGGACACACUAAUGCCAGCAUUCCUCCUGUCUCAUUGCCAACAGGAUUCUUGUCUGAUCUUACUGGCAGUAAUACCUUUACUGGGGCAAUAAUUCCACCUGAUUCAAAUAACCCCCUCAUCUUCCCAUCACCUAUAAUGAAAAGCGUAUCUGUAAAUCGAAACAGUAGUGGUCGACAUAACCCUUCAUAUUUACAAGCAUCUACAUCUGUUUCUUCCCAUCAUCAUCAGACUGGACAACAAAUGCCAACAAGACAUGACAACUCAAUAGGACAAGUGGCAGAGAUCAGCAGAAGUGGUAGCACUAACAUGACUUCUAAUGAUGGUGAUGGAAACCGAAGGUUAGGUGACCAUGCAGGGGGACUUACACUGCACCACCAGACCAAUAACUUAGUUUGUAACAGUAACAGCACUUGUUCUUUAACAAAACAACGUGGAAAUGGAAGUAGGAGGAGGAUUCCGGAUCCAGUAGCCUCAACUUCAUCAUCCAGCUCAGGAAUUACAGGUUUAGUUGAUUUGGGAUAUUUGCCUAUGCCACCUGGGAUUGGCUCACCCAUGCUGGGUGCUGAUGAUGGAGCAUUCUUAAGUCACCAUACUAGUGGCACAUUCCUAGCACCUCCUGGACCACAGUUAUACCCCACAGGCCCCACACCAAACCCUCAAGGAACCCUAUACCCUCCAACACCUCACCCACCAACCCAGACAACUUCACAAACCAAUCAUCAUUCAGGCAGCCAUCUACCUCCAUUUUCAUCAUGUGCCCCAACACAACAAAAUGUCUCACUUUCACGUGCCUCACAUCAUAAUCAGCAGCAGCAGCAAGCUAAUACUUCACCAAAUGCUACAAACACCAGUGGCAACACUCUUGCCAACUUUAACCUCAGCACAAUUUUCCCAGAAAUCAAUGACAAGCAAGUUCCAUCCAUACCUUCUGUUGUUGGGUAUGCAAGUGGAACGAAAAACCUGACUCCAGCAAGCUCAUCUCUUUUACCAUCUUCUAAUGGCUCACAACACCAUUCUACACUUCUGCAACCAGGUAGCAGUGAUGCAGAAUAUCCACAUCGUGUUGUACCACCUCCUGCAACUGUGCCCAGUAACUGCCUUCCACCACCUCCUGUUCCACUUCACACAAAUUUUAACAACUUACUGAGCCAUGCUCCACCUCAAGUGUGUAGGAUGCAGUGGCCAUAAUAGAGCUGUUCAUUUUACAAUAAUGCAACAAAUAAUAUAUGUUAAAAUAUAUUCUUCUUUAACAUAAAUGUGUUGUUUCCUCUUCAAGCACUGUUCAAUAAUGCCUCUGUGUGGGUGCUAUUUGCAGUACUGUAAUAUUUACUGUAAAUAAUGUCAAUAUUUUACAGAUCAGUCAAAAGCAUCUAUUAUAAUAAUUAUAUUUAACUUGUACUUUAUAGGAAGAUACAUAUUUGACAACAUAUUUGCGUGACAGAAGUGCAUUCAUAGAAUUACAAAUGUGAAUCAUUAUAAACACUUUGUACAUGAUUUUGAAAGUUUUGUACCUGAUGAAUGAAAUGUAAAUAUUUCAUGAAUAAAGGUAGUUGUAGUUUUUAAAC